ACCUAUAGCUUUUUCCUUAAAUUGAGACUGCUGAAAAGUUAGGGCACAAUUUGUGAAACGAAUAUAUGCAACCUUAUAAAAGAUGGAUAUUGAUAUUCACAAUUACCCCGCAAUCUUGUAAUCAAGCUCAGCAUCUGCGGCAAUCAUCGGGCGGCCGGCGAACGAUAAGAUCAUCAUUGCGGUGAAGUAUGGAAGCCAAUAGGCGGCAAGGUGGAAUUAAACUACUGCUAGCUGCUGAACAAGAAGCUCAACAAAUUGUCAAUGCUGCCAGAAGUGAAAAAAUGGGCAGACUAAAACAAGCCCAAGAGGAAACUGGAAAGGAGGCAGCCGAAUAUCGAGCGCAGAUGGAACUUGAGCUUCAAAGGAAAAUCACAGAGAGCUGUGGAGAUUCAGGCACCAAUGUGGAGCGCCUUGAACAAGAGACGGAUGCAAAGAUCCACCACUUCAAAAUGGAGGCUGGAAAAAUAUCAUUUGACGUCAGCCAAAUGCUUUUGAAGCAUAUUACUACUGUUAAUGUCUAAUCUUUUUGUUGGUUAAGUUGGUGCCAUGCUCUAUUUUGGACAUGAUUGUUUUGUCAUGAAUUUUAUCGGUAAACAUGUACAUCAACAGACUUGCUGCCUUCUGUAGAUAGCAAUCCUUUUGUACAUUUUGCUGCGGGCUUUCAAUAACAAACCCUAUUGGUGACUCUUCAUAUCA